AUGGAAACCAAACUAGCAUCAGGUCUACGUACAAUGGAAAAAUGGGGUUGGGGCUUAUCUAAAUCUGAAGUGAUUGACAUAGUGGCAGAGUUUAUAAAGAGAAAUAAAAUAAAAACUCCAUUCAUAAAUGAUAUACCGGGGAACGAUUGGUUUCUUUCGUUCCGUAAGCGGCACAAGCUAUCCAUUGAAAAACCUCAACCAAUAGAGUACCUCCGAAAACGUAUGACAGAUCCUUUUGUAAUACACGAGUAUUUCAAUUUACUAAGAAGCACCAUUGAGAAUUUGAACCUAAACGACCCGCAUAGGAUUUGGAAUUUAGACGAGACCUCUGUAUGCUUAGAUCCAACAAAAACGAAAGUUGUUGGCGCAGUAGGCGCACCAUGCACAAGGACAACGGCUGGAUCUGCAAAAAAAACAUUACCGUGUUAA